AUGCAACCUGACGUGAAACCUUUUCGACGCAUUAGCUCGUUUCAAACAUCUUGUAUAUGGAGUCGAGGUGAAUGGCGUUUGAGCUCACUGUGGUAUUCUGCCGCGCAGUUUCGAAUUUCUUGUUCCACAGCUGUACAAAUGGCAUUAAAACGUAUAUCUAAAGAGUUACAGGACUUAAGUGUAGAUCCUCCAACUCAGUGUUCAGCUGGUCCUUGUGAAGAUGAUCUAUUUGUCUGGCAAGCCACUAUUAUGGGACCUGCCGAUAGUCCAUAUGAAGGUGGAGUCUUUUCCCUGAAAAUACUAUUUCCCACAGACUACCCUUUCAAACCCCCUAAGAUCAGUUUCAUGACGAAAAUAUAUCAUCCGAAUAUAAAUCCCAAUGGUAGUAUCUGCUUAGAUAUCCUCCGUGGACAAUGGUCACCAGCCCUCACAAUAUCGAAAGUUCUACUCUCGAUUUGUUCACUAUUGACGGACCCCAAUCCAGAUGAUCCUCUUUGCCCAGAUGUCGCACGUCAGUACAAAACAGAUCGUAAGAAAUACGAUGAGUUAGCUCGAGUGUGGACACAGAAAUAUGCUAUGGAUCCUUGA